GAGCGCGGCGCCUUCCGCCUUUAAAACCAUCGUCGUCUGGGUGUCUUUCGUGGUCGUGGAGACUCGCAGCAUCUCCUUCGCAAAUGGGCUCGCCCGCCUAGCAGUUGCCUUCCUGAGCCAGGUCACCUGUGGUCUCAAGCCGUCGGGAUUCUGAACACUAAGACUUCAAGGAUUUACAACUUGCGCAAGAAAGAAGAUCAAGAAACAUGGCAGCAAUCCCGUCCAGUGGCUCCCUUGUGGCAACCCACGACUACUACCGAAGACGGUUGGGUUCCACCUCCAGUAACAGCUCCUGUGGAAGUGCUGAGUACUCCGGAGAAGUCAUCCCGCACCAUCCAGGUCUUCCCAAAUCUGAUCCUGGACACUGGUGGGCUAGUUUCUUCUUUGGGAAACACACCCAUCCAGUGAUGACAACUGUAUCGGAAUCUCCAGAGAACUCAGGAACCUUCCAGGUAGCCAAUGGCAUGAUCACCUGUGACCUGGCCCAGGAAGUCAUGAGGAAGCGUCACGCCAGCGAACCAAGCAAAUCCAGCGCGGGUCCCACAGCGUGAGGAAGGCUGGCGUUUCAACAACUAAUGCUUCUGAUUCAACCGCUAGGGGCUAAAGCCCAUUUCCCACCCCCCUUUCCCCAUAGACUAGUUUAGGCUGCUUCUGAGUACAAUUAAUUUAGACGUAGGGUUUUUAUAAAAAUGAAAACGACAACUAUAAAAAUAAAAAAUUCCACACAUACCAUUCUUUUCUACUCACUUGGGGAUCAACACAACUACGUCACUUUUUUCCACCGCCUUGAUAACGCGUUUUUUCUUUCGUUUUGUACUUGUUAAAUGGGGGACUAAUAAAAUCUGAGCAGCCUUUUAAA